AUGCCACCAUUAAACCCUAUGUUUACAAGAUUCGUUUCCAGCAAAAUGUCUACAACGUUUAAGUCGCUGGUGUACUCGUCGCACGACGUCCAAGACUGCACGAAAGUGCUGUCGCUGCACAAAUACCAGCCUCAGGGUCUAGAGAACUCAAUAGUGCUUCGCACGUUAGCUUUUCCUAUCAAUCCGUCCGAUAUCAAUCAACUGGAGGGAGUUUAUCCAUCGAAACCUGCAAAAACGCUCGACCUGGGCACCGAGCAUCCAAGUGCCAUUGCUGGUAACGAAGGAGUUUUCGAGGUAGUUCACGUUCCCGACAACACGCAAGUUCUCAAUGUGGGAGAUAUGGUUAUCCCUUUGCUGGCCAAUUUUGGUACCUGGUCUACUCAUCGCUCUUGCAAGGAUGCCUCGCAACUAGUAAAAGUAGAAGGCUGCGACAAGGUCGCCGCUGCUACCAUAGCGGUCAAUGGGUGUACUGCUUACCAACUGCUCAAUAAUUACGUUGACUGGGACCCUAAGGGCAACGACUGGCUCAUUCAAAAUGCUGGUACGUCCUCAGUGUCCAAGAUCGUUAGCCAGCUGGCAAAACUGCAGAACAUCAAGACACUCAGCAUCAUCAGGGACCGCGAUAACUUUGACGAAGUAGCUCACGAGCUGGAGUCCAAGUAUGGUGCUACGAAGGUCAUCUCGGAAUCUCAAAAUAACGGCAAAGAGUUCAACAAAGAAGUGUUACCUUCGAUCUUGGGCCCCAACGCGCACGUCAAACUGGGUCUCAACUCGGUUGGGGGCAAGUCCAGCUCAUCGUUAGCUCGCAAGCUUGGCCAGAACGCUACAAUGUUAACAUACGGAGGCAUGUCCAAGAUGCCUGUGACUUUGCCUCCCUCACUACACAUCUUCAAAGGUCUGAACAGCUUGGGCUUCUGGGUGACCAAGAACUCGCUAGAGGACCCUCAGAACAAGCGAGACACGGUUAGAAAGGUGGCUAGCCUGUACGCAGAAGGGAAACUGAUCUCACCCAAGGACGAGGUCAGAAAGCUAGAAUGGGACCCAAAUACCAUGUCGGAUGACGAAGUGCUACAACUGAUCAAAUACGGCAUCACUCAGAAGGGCAACAAGAACGUGGUGACGCUCAAAUGGUGA